AUGUGACGAUUUCUUAAUAUUAAAGUCAUUAAUGUAUUUACAUGGCGAAAGGGAAGGACCAGCGUCACACUGGGAAAGGGAGCACAUUUCAGCCGCACGACUUAUUGAAUAUUCCCCCUGAAGAUGGAGUUUGGGGAAAGGAAGAGGAGAAGGAAGUCGCAGAGCUUUAAAUUGGUCACGGAUGAAGAAUGUGACACUUCAUAUGAGCUGAAUUCCAGUUGCAAAGAGGCCAAUGGCGUAAAGGAUGCUGCUGUACCUGAGGUUUGGCUGGGCAACGAGGGUAUGGAGAUCAAGAGGCAAAUCACGGGAAUGAUGCAGCUUUUGAGCGAUAAGUCUGGCCGGGUGUAUCAUCGUCUUGGGACGGAUCAGGACAGCUCAAUAACAGAGCCCCAAGACAGGCAUCUGAACUGGAUACAUCAGCCACCAAUUAUCUCUCUUGUGUCAGAGGACCACCAGAGCAACCACUGGAUCUCUGUGAGGGACUCAGAGCAUUCACCUUCAUCCACAUCUGCGUCCAUGCCCAACGGUCUGGGCUGUGGCCAGUACAGCACCCGCUCCAAAGCCCUCAAGAGUCUCAGCAACACAAAGGACUCAAACAAAGCCAAUGAAACAAAUGGUGUUCUCGCUCCUGCAGUGCCAGAAGCCGCUUGCUGUAUGUGUAACUGUAAAGGCACAUUGCAGGCUAUACUGCAGGAACUGCGAGCCAUGAGGAGGUUGAUGCAAACUCAAAAAGGAUCAGUUGACAGACAGGACCAAGCAGCAUCAGCAUGCCAACCUCGCCUUGGACUUGGCGCCACUUCUCGUUGUAUGCACCGAAAGAGAAGGCCUAUCCAUAGGAUGGCUCCACUUAGUGCAUCCAGCACUAAAAAAAAUGCUUUUUUCCCAUUGGGGGUCUCAGCACUUAAAGCUGCAGGUGUGGCACCUGCAGAAUCUAAAAAUGGAGAAGAAUGUGAGAAAAAAGACUCAUCAACUCCUGACGUACAUCCCAUCUCUCCUGAUGCUUCUAUGCUACUGCCUCAGAAAAAUCCAGUAAUAGUCAGCAACAUCCACAAUCCUCUGCUGAACCAAAUGAGGGAAACCCAGGCGUUAGAGUCGGAGGUGCGUCUUGCAGAGGAUUAUGAUGUGUAUAUCUCCAAGGCCCAGCUAGACUCCAUCCUGGUCAACUAUACCCGCUCUGGCAGCCUGCUGUUCCGCAAACUGGUGUGCGCCUUCUUUGAUGAUGCAACCUUGGCUACUUCCCUGCCAAAUGGUAAAAGGAAGCGAGGGCUUAACGAUAACCGUAAAGGCUUGGACCAGAAUAUUGUAGGUGCCAUUAAAGUGUUUACAGAGAAAUACUGCACUAAACAUGGAAUCGAGAAGUUGCCUGGGCCACGAGAUUGGGUGCAGAUCCUUCAAGAUCAGAUUAAACUUGCCAGGAGGAGGCUAAAAAGAGAUGCUGCAGAAGCAGAAAACUCAAAUGGACCGUCCACAAGUAUUAACCUCAUCUGA